UAUAUACUCUGCUGCCUAGCUUUGUUCUUGACAGAAGUCUGUCCACCCGCUUUUGUUGGAACUUACGAAUUUUAAAUAAAUUUAUAUUAAAAAAUGGCCAAAAUAAGUUCUAGACAGUUAUUUAAAUAUGUAACCGAAUACACAAUUAAGCCAGCCAGAAAUUAUGGAACUGUUAAAAGGGUUGUGGCUGCUAACCCCAUUGUGGAGAUGGAUGGAGAUGAAAUGACCCGUAUAAUUUGGGAGAAGAUAAAAGAAAAGCUAAUUUUCCCAUAUGUUAAGUUGGAGAGUCUCUAUUUUGACUUGGGUCUACCACAUCGUGAUGCGACAGAUGAUCAGGUGACUGUCGACGCAGCUAACGCAAUUCUCAAACAUAAUGUGGGAAUUAAGUGUGCUACUAUCACACCUGAUGAACAGAGGGUGGAAGAAUUCAAGCUGAAAAAGAUGUGGUUAAGUCCAAACGGGACAAUCCGUAACAUUCUUGGCGGGACUGUGUUUCGGGAACCCAUCUUGUGUAAAAGCAUUCCACGUGUGGUGCCUGGCUGGACCAAGUCUAUAGUUAUCGGCCGUCAUGCUCACGGUGAUCAGUACAAGGCACAAGAUUUCGUAGUACCCAAACCAGGAAAGGUGGAACUAGUUUAUACAGCAACAGACGGCACAACACAAAAAUAUUUAUUGUUCAAUUUCAAAUCGCCCGGUAUCGCCCAGGGCAUGUACAACACCGAUGAAUCCAUACGCGCCUUCGCACACUCCAGUUUUCAGGUGGCACUGCAAAAGAAAAUACCGCUUUAUUUGUCAACAAAGAAUACAAUUCUCAAGCGUUACGAUGGUAGAUUCAAAGACAUUUUCGAAGAAAUUUAUCAAAGUAACUACAAAAAGCAAUUCGAAGAUGCGAAGAUUUGGUACGAGCAUCGGUUAAUUGAUGACAUGGUGGCGCAGGCAAUUAAAGGAUCCGGUGGAUUCGUAUGGGCCUGCAAGAACUACGAUGGGGAUGUCCAGUCCGACGUUGUAGCGCAGGGCUAUGGGUCACUGGGUAUGAUGACGUCUGUACUGAUGUGCCCUGACGGUAAAACUGUGGAAUCAGAGGCUGCCCAUGGUACCGUUACUCGCCACUAUCGUAUGCAUCAGCAAGGCAAGCCCACGUCCACCAACCCUGUUGCGUCCAUCUAUGCGUGGACAAGGGGUCUUAUCCACCGCGCCAAGUUAGACAACACACCCGAAUUGGAAAGAUUCGCAAUCGCUCUUGAGGAGGCUUGCGUAGAAUGUAUCGACAGCGGCAAGAUGACCAAAGACCUGGUGAUAUGCAUCCAUGGACUGGCUAACACUAAGGAAGGCAUGUAUUUAAACACUGAAGACUUCCUUCUGGCUAUUGCUGACCAACUCGAGCGCAAACUUUCAAAGUAAACAAAGUAUACUUCUAUAGAAAUAAUUAGGAUUGUUUCCGACUUUUUUAUGCAUGAUGAUUGCUGGUGUAGUUAUUAAUGUUUUAUACAUUACCUUCAAAAUGUUUAGUACAAGUAUAUAUUUUAAUAAAAAAUUUCCAUAAAGAAAUAAAUAUAAAGUGUAAUGUACUUAGUAAUAAUUAAUGCUGUAUAGAAAAAUAGGUAGAAAAUGAAAUUAGUAGUUUAAUAGUGAGCGUCAUCCUGCAGGCGACCUCACAGAACUGACCAUACAGUGGGAGUAGAAAAAAUGUAAAGGAGGAAAGAAAGAAUAGAAAACUGAAACUUUAAUAAAACAAUACUAUCAGCUCCUUAUUAUCUUUAGAAAAUCAGCCCCGCCAUGAUAUUUUUUUUAUAUCUCUGAUAUAAAGAUAAGGAAGGUAGAAAGUAAGCUAUAAUAUAAAUAUUUCUUUCUAUUCUAUUUGUGCAGUUGUUUGAUAUGCGUCAGUUAUGUUGAUGCUUGAUCGAUAUUGUUAUGAAGAGAAAAAUCUUUCUUUCCUCCAUAAUUAUGUAUGUAGAAGAAUGGAAUAAUAAAAAUAAUAAUUAUGUAUAAUUCAUUAUUGAACAUGAUGCCCAAUAGUUUACUAAUUAAGUACUUAGUAAGUGCUAAUAAACUCCUAGAUCUUGUAUAAUAGAUCACAUUGACUGUUAAUUGCCAUUGUAUAUUUAUUUUUUGAGAUUAUAAUCUUUUAAAACGUGUCAUUAGAAGAAAUGUAUUUAAUUAUGCCGGUCAUGCGAUUAUUUUCUAGAUACCUAUGUAAGUUUAUGUCGAAAUAGGGAUCAAAUAAAAGAUAAUAAUAACGUAAAAGUAUAUUUAUUACACAUAAGCCAGAUAAGUGAUAAUCAUAUCACCUCAAGUGUCUUAGCACUGUUUUGACGAUUAUGUAAAGGUGUUUAACUGAUAGUCACCAAAAUGAAUUAAAAAAUAACACUAAAAUUUUAAUGUAAUAUUAAAAUAUUUCAUAUUAGACAAAUCAUUUUCACUACACUUGGUACUGAUAUAUAUUUUUUCAUGUUUGUAACUUUGUUUAUUUGAACUUGUUGACAUAGUUAUUACACGGAAGUUAAAUUACGUAUCAGAUAAGUUGAUUGCUAAGCACUGAGAGGGUUAUUGUAAUCAUUUAUUUUUAUAGUCAAGUGCCUGAAUUGAGUAUUUUUAUCAGGUACAUAUGUACCUAAGUCAUUUACUUGUACCAUGUUCCUUUUAUAUUUUCCCUUAGUCUAUACUGUUACUUAACUAAGUACUACGUUUUUUUUUAUAUAAAACUUCUUUAUAUAUUUUAUAUAAUGGGUGGUUAUUUUAAGUAAAUAUUGUGAACUUAUGAAUAAAUAUUUUGUAAUUUUUAUACCUAAUAAUAAUAAUGAAUACAUGUUAAUCAUUGUGAUGAUAUUGCAUAUUAUGAAUUGUUGUAUGCAUGUAUCAUAAAGUUAUACAAUAUAUUACUUUAUAUAUUUUGCUAAA